AAUGAACAUGGGUAUGACCUCCUUGACCCUAAACAUGAAGCCACCAAAUUGGAAGACCUUCCUAAAGUAUCGUUGAUGGAGGAUGGCGAUCAAAAUAUUCACCUUAAAAACCUAUCGAUCCAUCCAGCAAAUAAUGAGGAAGAAGCACUGAAUCUGUUAUUUCUUGGUGAUACAAACAGAAUGAUUGCUGAGACGCCGAUGAACCAAGCAUCAACUCGUUCUCAUUGCAUCUUCACAAUUCAUAUAUCAGCGAGGGAGACCGGUUCAGCUACUAUCAGGAGGGCAAAAGUACAUCUAGUGGAUCUUGCAGG